AUGGCCACAAUUCUUCCUCCUCCGUCAAAGCGGCAGCGCCGUGAGGCUCUCGAGCGCACCCAGAUCCAAGCCGACGUUACACCAGCACCCAUCGAAGCCGGAUCGUUCAAAGCUCGAUUCGUGGACAGUGACUCGAACCAACUCGCCGAGGUGGUCGAGAUCCCGCUCGCAGACGCCAGUGAAAAAAAUGUUUCGCUUCUGCUGAACACGCUCCUCGGUCGCGAUCGGGAAGACUUUACGCCCUACCGAUUUCGCAUACAUGUACCCUCGUCGGACAUUGUCAUCGAUACGUACCCUACACCACACGAGUUCCUCGCCGUCCUCCGUAGCCAUGGCAUUGCGAACCCCUUCGAAACCACGCUCACACUGUCGGCGGAACCGCAAGCCGUAUUCAAGGUGCAAGCAGUAACCCGCAUGGCCAACAGGAUACCGGGUCAUGGCGAAGCGAUUUUGGCUGCACAGUUCUCUCCCAAGAGUAGCAGUAGGCUAGCAACUGGCUCUGGAGAUAACACAGCGCGAAUCUGGGAUUGCGAUACUGGUACUCCCAAAUACACUUUGACCGGCCAUUCGGGCUGGGUACUGGCUGUAUCAUGGAGUCCCGACGGUUCCAGGUUGGCUACCGGCAGCAUGGAUAAGACGGUGCGAAUCUGGGAUCCAGAGUCGGGCAAAGCAGUCGGAAGACCCUUGUCGGGACACUCGAAAUGGGUGACAAAUUUCGCGUGGGAACCAUACCACCAAUGGAGAGACGGAACCCCAAGACUGGCGAGUGCUUCCAAAGAUGCUACUGUGAGAAUAUGGAUCGUCAACACGGGUCAAACAGAGCAUGUUUUGUCAGGUCACAAGAGCAAUGUCUCAUGUGUUCGCUGGGGCGGCAAGGGCUUGAUCUAUACAUCUUCCCAUGACAAGACUGUCAAGGUCUGGAAUGCUGUUGAUGGCACCUUGAAACAUACGCAUGCAGCUCACGCCCACUGGGUUAAUCAUCUUGCUCUCUCGACCGAGUUCGUCUUGAGAACAUCGUACUAUGAUCAUGUCAAGGAUGUUCUUUCAACAGAAGAGGAGAAACGAGCCAAGGCAAAGGCUAGGUUCGAGAAAGCAGCUACAAAGCAAGGAAAGAUUGUAGAACGUCUUAUCUCUGCCAGUGAUGACUUUACUAUGUUUCUGUGGGACCCUGAAGAGGGAACAAAACCUGUUGCUAGGAUGCACGGUCAUCAGAAACAAGUCAACCAUGUGACCUUUUCUCCAGAUGGCGCUCUGAUUGCAAGCUCAUCGUUUGACAACCAUACAAAGAUAUGGAGUGCCCGUGAUGGAAAGUUUAUCAGCACGCUUCGUGGACAUGUUGCCCCAGUGUACCAGUGUGCCUUUUCUGCAGACUCUCGUCUAUUAGUUACGGCAUCAAAGGACACGACCCUUAAGGUGUGGUCAAUGCAAACCGGAAAACUAGCAGUAGAUCUCCCUGGCCAUCAGGACGAGGUGUACGCUGUGGACUGGAGCCCUGAUGGUAAACGUGUUGGCAGUGGUGGUAAGGACAAGGCUGUUCGUAUCUGGUGUAAUUAG